UCCAAUAUUGGAUUGUCAACAGUCUUCAUCGUCAGCUGCUGACUCACCUGCUCAUCAACCUACUGAUGUUAAUAGGGAAGCCCAACGGUCUUUUUAAUCUGGUGCUCCAAGUUUUUUUCGUACCUCUUCACCGUCAGCUACUGACCCACCUACUGAUGUUAAUAUGGAAGUCCAACGGUCUUUUCAACCUCUCGCUUGUUAAUGCUCCUUCUGAAGCUAUAUAGUCAGCUGCUGUUACUGCCCAUUUUGGUUCUUGUUUUUCUUGUCGUAGACGCAGCUAAUGGGCAAGGUCUGAAAUUGGGUUUCUAUGCAAAGUCAUGCCCCAAGGAAGAGUCUAUUAUUCACAAAACAGUCGCUUCAUAUGUUUCCUUUAAUCCUACUUUCCCUUCUGCGUUGUUGAGAAUGCAUUUCCAUGAUUGUUUUGUCAGGGGUUGUGAUGGUUCGGUUCUUCUUAACUCGACAAGCACAAAUCAAACUGAGAAAGCCGCAAUUCCUAAUUUAUCCCUAAGAGGAUUCAAUAUUAUCGAUGCUCCAAAGGCUGCAAUUGAAAAAGUGUGCCCGGGAGUUGUUUCAUGUGCAGACAUUCUAGCAUUGUCUGCAAGGGAUUCAGUAGCUAUGAUUAAAGGACCAUGGUGGAAUGUGCCCACUGGACGAAGAGAUGGGCGAGUAUCGACUAUCGGAGAUGCUUUUAUCCAUCUACCACCACCAUUCUUCAACGUCACUCAACUGAAGGCAUCAUUUUCAUCGAAGGGGUUGAAUGCAAAAGAUCUCGCAGUCUUAUCAGGUGGACAUACAAUUGGUAUUGCCAAUUGCGCCGGAUUUUCACAAAGGUUGUACAACUUCACUGGCAAAGGUGAUACUGACCCAACAUUGGACAGCGAGUACGUACCACGGUUAAAGAGCAAAUGUAAGCCAAACGAUUUCGUGACUACAGCCGAGAUGGAUCCAGGAAGUUUCAAAACAUUCGACUCAAGUUACUAUAAGCUUGUUGCUAAGAGAAGAGGAUUACUUACAUCUGAUGCAGCUCUUCUUAACGACCCUGAGACGAAAGCUUACGUUAGGAGUCAAGCAAGAAACAAUGGACCAACUUUCUUCAAGGACUUUGCGGUGUCUAUGGAGAAAAUUAAUACUAUUGAAGUUCUGACUGGUAAUGCAGGCGAGAUCAGAAAACAUUGUGCUUUUAUCAACUAA